AUGAUCACAAACCCUAGUAGCACCAAGACCACUGUAACUUCACAACAACAGUCGAUGUUGCGUCUAGACUUCAUCUUAGGCUGCAUUCGGUAUAUUGUCUCCCAGUACCCAUACUCGCUUCCGAAUAUGAAAAAAACAAUGAUUUCUCCACAUCCAGAACUAAACAAUAAGUUCCCUGUCCCCGGCGCAACAACUUUGCGCGACUUAAAGAAAGACUUCGUGUCAAAGACUGACGUCUGUGGCAGUCUAGGACCUUCGAAGGACAUCAACGCUCUAACACUUGAAAGCGAUGCACCAUCCCUGAAGCGCAAAAUCGAUUUUGGUGACUCGGUCACCCCUCGAAAGCGACGUAUUCUGGAAUCCUAUUCUACAGGCGACAUGUGUCAAGUUGUUGCGGUAUAUUCUGAUAUCACGUGUCAAGUGGAUGUUCAACUAGGUCCCUUUGGGAUCAAAUGUGUGACACUUUAUGAGCCAUACAACACCAAGACCUUCAUAUGGUCUCUACCUGCGGAAAUCCUCAUCGCUACCGUCGCACUUCUAGGAGCGCAAGAUCUGCAUUCUGUCACGCAAGUUUCUUCUCUGUUAAGAGAAAUCGCUGCUCCGCUGUUCUUCGUCCAAAGAGACUUUCCAACUUCCCCGAAGAAUCUAUUUCACAUUCGUGUGGACUCACCAAAUUUUGAUGUCUUGUCAACUUGGAGAUGGAUGGAUAAUUUUUGUCUGCCCGAGUCCAUCCCCCACAAGUCGAUAAAAUACAUCACACUAUUUUGGAAUUUCGACAUUCUCACUUCCCCGGUUCUCUCUCAAAUGGUUGCAUUACUAGAAAAUAUCUGUGCUUCUGGUGUCGAAGAACUGACGUGCAUGGGUUUCUGUGAUGGCGCAGUCUCGCUGUCUAUCACUGGCCUUACCCGAAUCCAGGCGUGUAUAGUCCGUCACCCUGCUUGUGUCGGCCAUUGUGACAGCAUCGGAUAUCUCCUCCUUUCCCUACCUAAUAGUCAUUCUAGUGCAGCGAUGAUGUGUUGGUCGGGCACCCGUUCAAUGGUCUGCAUCAAACACUUGGCGAUUGACUGCUCAGAUGGUUCAGCCAGUGCUACAGGUGCUACAAGUGAUUCAUUGGCACUAUCUGCGGCUUGGAUUCAAGCCCUUCCUCAAGUCAAGUGUGUUACUUUGCAAGGUUACUCGGCUACUGCUGCCGGGGAUCUUGUCGACAUUAUGCGUAGCUUUGCUCUGGGCGAUGUCGAACUGGCUGUAGAUCUGCAGGUCUCACCAGAUGGGCCGGGAGGCAAAUUAUUCCCGAUGGAGGCGGACAGGUGGGCCGAGGUAGUUGGAUAUUAUGCAGAUGGGUGUAUUAAGGUAGAUGUGUAUGAGAUAGAUGGGUAG